AUGUUGGCUCAAAAAAGAUCGGCAGAUGGAAAGGAAUGUGCCAUUUACUACUUAAGCAAGAAGUUCUCAACAACAGAAAUGAACUACUCUAAUGUUGAGAAGACGUGUGCUGCUUUAGUAUGGGUUUUACACAAACUGUGGCAAUACACCUUGCAUUACCAUACAUUUCUAGUCUGUGAGAAUGACCCCAUCACGUACUUGUUAGAACAACCAACUUUGGUGAGGAAAUUAACAAAAUGGCAAAUCCUGAUUUCCAAGUUUGACGUGCAAAGUGUACCACAAAAAUUAGUUAAAGGUCAAGUAAUUGUGGACAUGUUAGCAAACAGCACUAUGAGGAUGCAGGAUGAAGACAAAUAUGAUUCCCUGGAUGAUCGCAUUUUGACAAUGGAAAAGGAGUUGUGGACUAUGUUCUUCAACGGCGCAACUAACCUAUCUGGGUGUGGUACCGGAGCAAUUCUAAUUUCUCUCAAUGGUCAACACUAUCCUAUAGCUGCAAAGUUAGUAUUUACUUGCACCAACAACAUAACUGAAUAUGAAGCGUGCAUUCUCGGCCUACGGGCGGCCAUUGAAAUGGAGACUGUUGGAAAAUGGAGGACUAGAGAUGCCAAACUAGUCCCUUACAGUGAUUAUCUAGAAGACCUUGUAAAGGAGUUUGACAAAAUAUCAUUUGAAUACUUGUCAAGGUCCCAUAAUCAGUUUGCAGAUGCACUUGCAACUUUGUCAUCUAUGCUCAAAGUUACAGAAGGAUUAGAAAUUGAACCUUUAAAAAUGGAAGUGCUUGCAAAGCCAGCUUAUUGCAUGGUAGUAACAGAAGAACCGGACGAAAAACCAUGGUACUACGACAUCAUGACCUAUAUUCAAAAGCAAGAGUUCUCAUAA